AUGGUGCGAAAGGGCCGAACGAAAGAGAACGUUGCCGGCGAGCGGUACGACUCGAAUGCUGUUCGGGUGGCGCAGCCGACGCCCAGUCGCACGCGGCCACACCCGGGUCAGUUUAACCCGGCGGACCUCAUGGGAAUGUUAGGCGGCGGUGGCGGAGGCGGCAUGCCCGAUAUGUCCCAGAUGAUGGAGAUGAUGCAAGGUAUGGGAGGAGGUAUGCCCGGCAUGGGCGGAAUGCCUGGUAUGCCGGGUAUGGGAGGGAUGCCUGGAAUGCCGGGUAUGGGAGGAAUGCCUGGUAUGCCGGGUAUGAAAGGUAUGAUGCCGCCUAUGCAGCCCAUGCGGCCCAAGAUCAUUUACGUUUAUGGACUGGCUGAGGGAACCCCCACUUCGACCUUUAUGACGUUCUACCCCAACUACAUCGAUGACAAAAAGACAGUGCAGCAAGGUCGUCGUAUCCCCAAGCUGAGCGCGUGCGAGGCCCCAAUAGCCGACGAAAUGUCAGAAGUCUGCACAUAUUUCAAGCUGCCACACGUGCUCGAGCCGGCUAAAAAGUAUCCGCGCGACUGGCUUGUCUCGGGUCGCAUCCGUGUGCGUCUUCUGCGUGACGACGGCACGCCCGAGAACGCGGACAUCCCGAACCGUAAGACGCUUAUGAUCAAGAUGGCGGAGCUUAUCCCCAAGCUGCAGUCUCGCAAGGUGCGGCUCGAGAAGGAAGCCGAAGAGGCCAAGAAGAAAGCGGCGGCUGCAGCUGGCCCUGCACCGGCGUCUGGCGGUGGCAAGAAGAAGGGCAAGAAGAAAGGCAGGAGAUAAACGCAGCACUAGAGCUGAGGGGCUAAAGGGAGGGGCCGUCUUAAAGGUGGUAGGAUCAAUACAGGACCAUUCACUCUUU